GGAUCACUUCAGCGCCGCUCAGCUCUCGUGUGUGUGCGUGUGUGUAAGUGCGUGUGUGUGUGUGUGUGUGUAAGUGUGUGUGUGCCAGUUCGCAUGCGGACGCCAAGAAGACUUUGCCGUGUUUUCCUCGGAGAAAGUAACUUUGGAUCAGGGAAGGUUUUGGACUUCUACCGGACUUAACUGGACUUUACCAAAGGACUACCUGGACCCGACAUGGACCAGAGGACUUGGUGACCUCUGUUGACCCUAGUUCUAGACCGUGGACUUGCUCAGGUGGAUUUGGUUGUGAAGAGUUUAGGACGAGGACACAAAUGGACAGGUGACUCUCUCAUGUGGUCUGGGAGGUGAGAGAAAAGUAAAACUGGACCUUCAGACCCGACAGUUUGAAUGGGCGUGGUCUGAUCCAAACAUCGACCAUUACUGACCUGAGGCAGCCAGGAUGAUGACAGCGGCGGCCAUGAUGGUCACCUGCAGCUCGCUCUUCCUUCUGGGCUUGGCGGCCUCCUCUUCAUCAUCAUCUUCAUCAUCAUCAUCAAGCACGGUCACACGCUCUUCGUCCUCGCCUUCCUCCUCGCCACGCAUGAAACUCUCCUUCAAAGACUUGCAGCAGUUCCACGGCGUGAGGCGUUUUGAGUUGGAGCGCUCUUGUUGCUUCGGCGCUUUGCUCCUGGACGAAGAAAGAGGUCGUCUGUUUGUCGGAGCAAAGAACUUCCUGUUGUCGCUCUCGCUGGACAACAUCGCCAAACAGGAACAAAAGAUCUACUGGCCUGCACCCGUGGAGUGGAGAGAAGAAUGUAACUGGGCUGGUAAAGACAUCACUUCGGACUGCGUGAACUACGUGAAGAUGGUCCAUCACUGGAACCGCACACAUUUGUAUGCGUGUGGCACGGGAGCAUUCCAUCCCACUUGUGCCUACGUGGAGGUGGGCCACAGGAUGGAGGACCAGGUGUUCAGGAUGGAUUCUUCCAGUGUGGAAGACGGCAAAGGCAAAAGUCCGUACGACCCUCGUCAUCAUUCUGCCUCCGUGCUUAUCGGCGACGAGUUGUACGCGGGUGUGGCCACGGACUUGAUGGGGCGAGACUUCACCAUCUUCCGAAGUUUGGGCAGACGUCCGUCCAUCCGCACGGAGCAACACGACUCACGUUGGCUCAACGAGCCAAAGUUUGUUGGCUCUUUUUGGGUCCCGGAGAGCGAAAACCCAGACGACGACAAAGUUUUCUUCUUCUUCCGGGAGACUGCAGUGGAGGCCCAAGGACUUGGAAAGUCUACAUACUCGCGCAUCGGACAACUGUGCAGGAACGACAUGGGCGGUCAGAGAAGUCUGGUGAACAAGUGGACCACCUUCCUCAAAACGCGUCUGAUCUGCUCUGUGCCGGGGGUCGACGGCGGCGACACCUACUUUGACGAGCUGCGCGACGUAUUCCUGCUGCAGACGAGGGACAGAAAGAAUCCUCUGGUCUACACAGUCUUCUCCACUUCCAGCAGUGUAUUUAAAGGCUCAGCGGUGUGUCUUUACUCCAUGAAUGACAUCCGGAGGGCCUUCCUGGGGCCGUUUGCUCACAAAGAGGGGCCCAACUACCAGUGGGUUCCCUUCCAGGGAAAAGUGCCUUAUCCACGCCCUGGAAUGUGUCCCAGCAAGACCUUUGGCAGCUUCGAGUCCACCAAAGGCUUCCCGGACGACGUGAUCCAGUUCGCGCGCCACCACCCUCUGAUGUACAACCCGGUCUAUCCCAUGACCAGACGGCCCGUCUUCGUCAGGACCAACGUGGACUACAGCUUCACGCAGAUCACAGUGGACAGAGUCAACGCCGCCGACGGGCAGUAUGACGUCAUGUUUAUUGGAACAGACAAAGGAACGGUACUGAAGGUGAUCAACGUUCCCAAGGAGAGUUGGAAGAACAUGGAGGAACUUCUGCUAGAAGAGCUGGAGGUGUUCAAGGAUGCUGCGUCUGUCACCGACAUGCAGAUCUCCUCCAAACGGCAACAACUGUACGUGGGCUCCAACGCGGGCAUCGCCCAGGUGCCCCUCCACCGCUGCAGCGUGUAUGGGAAGGCGUGCGCAGAGUGCUGCCUGGCCAGGGACCCUUACUGCGCCUGGGACGGCACGUCCUGCACCCGCUACCUGCCCAACACCAAGAGACGAUUCCGUCGCCAGGAUGUGAGGAACGGAGACCCCAACACUCUGUGCUCUGGAGACCACCACAAGCACCACGUGGCUGAGAAGAAAGUGUACGGCGUGGAAGGAAGCAGCUCCUUCCUGGAGUGCAUCCCCAAGUCCCUGCAGGCCCGAGUCACCUGGACCUUCCACAGGCAGCGAGAGAAGCCAAGAGAGGAGGUGCGUCUGGACGACCGCAUCCUGCAGACGGACAGAGGGCUUCUGAUUCGGCGCGUCCUAAGAAGGGACAUGGGCGUGUACCAGUGCCACGCCAUGGAACACGGCUUCACCCAAACCAUGCUGGGCAUCACAUUAGACGUCAUCCAGUCCGCCUCCGCCAACCUGCCCUCCGUGGCCCCUUCCCGAGCGGAGCCUCGCAGCUCAGGAACCCCCCAGUCGGUUAACCCCAAGCUUUGGUAUCGGGACUUUAUGCAGCUUGUGGACCAUCCCAACCUCAGCACCGUAGACCAGAUUUGCGAGCAGGUCUGGGCUCGCCGGAAUCCCGCCGGUGAGCAAACGGAAAGGAAAGUCGUCGCUCUGGGGAAGGGCCCGGCCACCCCUGGCCCCUCGGUCCGGCCCUCUAACAAGAAGUGGAAGCACCUUCAGGACUUGAGGAAGGGGAGGAACCGCCGGACCCACGACGGAAAACAGAACCCUCGGACGCCGCGGAGUGCGGGGGAGUAAGUUUGGAGGAUUUCAAAGAACUCAUUCAGGGAGGAUGAUAGAACUCUUGGAGUCGGAGCACCUCCGCCAUUGUGUAUAUUUAUCUACAGACUUCCUUGCAUGUGCUGUCCUACGUUCAUCCUGCACGAUCCUGUCACCGUGUCCUAGUCGAGUGUACGUAUGCGCAGGUACGGUAAAAAAAAAAGACACGCCCCCUUCGGUAGUUUAAAACAACACUCGGAAAGAGCGGACCAGAUCUUCAGUCUGUUGUGACAUUCUUUAGUGUGAACUCUAUGCCACUAAAAAAUCCUGGAUCAACUUCACCCCUAAGGACUGGAGGGCAAGUGGUCCAGAACUUGACUGUCACACAACUGGAAUAAACAACUGGAAUAAAUGUGCGCACACACAAGCAUGCAGAAAGAUGGACUACUUCAUACUCACAAGUCUUUCCUUUGUUGUUGUUUUGUCUUACUGCGUAAAUGUAGCGCUUGCAGCAGGGGACACACUGACAACUUCCUUUUGGCACAAAACCAAAUCCACGACGCAAAGCAGUGGUGUUUGAAGAACAAAUCACAUGUGACUGCUUGAUGUUGUGCCACCAGAUGAAACCACUACAAAAAACUACUGCUUGUUUACGGUUAGUGUGAAAAUGAGGUGUUUAGUGUCGACAUGCAAAAAGCACAAAUAGAUCGCUAGCAUUAGGACCACGCUCAAAAUAAAAGAACAAGUAAUAAAAUGAUGUUACCAAAUUACUCUAGUAUUCAGAGGAAAACAAGUAUUACAAGAACUGUUUUCACCAACUAACACUCUAACACUAACCCUAAUCGCCUAACUUCAACCUACACCCUAACCACAACCCUAACAUCCCGAGUCCUAACCCGGGAUAAACCCUAAACCCGAAUCCUAACCUCCCAAUAACCAAAACUUGACUCUUGCCACAACCUUAACCCACUUCUGACCUUAGUUCAAACCCAAAACACUAACCAUUCCUAAUCCUAACCCCAACCAAAUUCAUGACCCGAACCUCAUUUAUAGCCAAAACCCUAGCCCACAACACCCUAACCCUACAUCUCUAGCCAUAACCCCAGUUAAAACACUAACCAGGACUACUGUAUAAUACAACACUAAUCCUAGCUCUAAACCAGAAUCCCAAUCUCCCAAUAACCAAAACCCAACCCUUGCCAGCAAUCUAACCCACUUCUGAUUCUAGUUCCAAUCCAAAAGUCAAGCACUAACUAUCCUAAUCCCAACUCUAAACCUAACCCAAAUCAUGACCCCUAACCUCAUCCAAAACCAAAGCCCUAGCCCAAAACCGCAAACCCUAGAUUGAACCCCAGAGCGAUAAUCACAACCCUAACAUCUCUAGUCCUAACCCCACUUAAAACCCUAACGAGAACUAUAACACAACACUAAUUUUGGCCAUAAACCCGAAUCCCCAAUAGCCAAAACCAAGUCUUGCUACAAAUCUACUCCAAAUCAUGACCCGACCCUCAUUCAUAGCUAAAACCCUAGCCCAAAACACCCAAACCCAAAUCAUGACCGUAACAAUUUGAGUCCUAACCCCAUUUAAAACCCUAAUACUAAUCCUUGCCCUAAAAUCGAAUCUCCAAUAACCAAAACCCUUCACCUUGCUACCACCCUAACCCAACCUCCAGUAAAAAACCCAAACUCACGUCUAUUUUCUCGGAUGUGUACUUUUCAGCCCGGUGCUGAUUCAAUAUGAACAUUAAAUAUUGGGAACUUUACCUUCCAUGGUUCCUGACAUGGAAAAUGAUACUUCAGAUCACGGUACUGGACUAUAGUACAUUAGCUACAUUAACUGUAAUAUUAUUGUUAUUAUAUUUAUGAGUGUGACUAUGAUUUUAUUGUCAUUUGUAUUCCAAAGCGGUACGACAUGGCCUGGCUCAUGUUCUGAUGUUGUUUGUGAUGAAUAAAAAGUAUGCAAAUGAUUUGUUUGGAACAACAUCGUCACAUAUUUACAUUAGUACACAUUCCAUGUUGUUAGUUUACCUGGUGGUGCAAGCCUGCCCUCUAGCGGCCACUGCUUGUACUGCAAGAUGAUGAUGGCUGAGUUCUAUUCCCCUGCCGACGUACACUGCAGUAAGAGUAUAUUUACAAGCAUGACUGUCAGUAUCAUAAUUGAUGGUAUCACUCCGAUCAUCAUGACAAUAAUUUACUAAUAAUUGUUUUCCUGUAAGUGAAUUGAUGUGAAGGAAGCAUUGGGAGACAUGUUCCUAGUCGUCCUACACACAGAUGACCACAUGGGGGUGCUACAAUCAACAAAAUCACUUCUACUCAGCUCACACGUAUUCAUAUUCAUAUUACAUCAUAGCUGGUCAGAGGAUUAUGAAUAUUCAGACUUUUUCGAGAUCAAUGAGCUUUAAAAAAAAAAAAGAAGAUUUAUGAUUAAUUACCGGCUGCUUGUCCCAAUUAAAACGUUUUUA